GUCGAUGUUACGAACAUUACCCAGAGUAGCAUUAAAUAACAUUCGAAAUAAUCCUGGUGCAAAUAAGCCUGUUAGUAUCAUUUUGAUGUGCUUGAAAUUAAACUUUGUAUGAAUUUCUGAAUGAAAAAUAUAGCAUUUCUAACAACAAUAUUUUUUAAUUUUUAUAUUUAAUUUCGCGUGAGAUUCUAAUCUAAGUCACAUUGUUCGACUCGAACAAUAAUUUUAGAUUGAAUUACAUUGUGUGUAAUACAAUUACAAUUUUCUAUAAGUAUAUAUAAGUUUCGUUUGAUAAUUUUGUAUUUUGUAAAGAAUGUGUUUUUUAAAAAUAGUCAAAACGUGGUCGAGGUCAACAUGGUGGAGACAAACACGGAGAUGGUAAUAAAGGAUCUGGUCAAAGACAAAAUUUCAUGCGAACUGGAUACGAAACUGGAAACAACCCGUUUUACCUUAGAUUUAGUUAUGAACCAUACUAUAAAGGGCAUCAUUUAAGAAGAGAAUACCCUCCUUUAUCUUUACAACAACUGCAAAUGUUUAUCGAUACAAAUAGACUAGAUCCGUCUAAACCUAUUGACCUUGCAUCUAUAAUCAACACAGGAUUAUACGACUUUAAAGUAGAAUGGAAACACUCAGGUGUUCAUCUUACGGACGAGGUUGGAGUUGAUAACUUCAACGCAAAAGUUAAUAUAGAAGUUCAAUGGGCCAGCGAACCUGUAAUUGCGGCAAUUGAGAAAAAUGGUGGUACUAUUACUACUGCGUACUACGAUAUUCAUUGUUUACACGUGAUAAAGGAUGUUGAUAAAUUUUUUACUACCGGAGUGCCAAUACCACGCAGACUUUUGCCUCCGUCAGAUUGUCUAGAAUAUUACAUGAACGCAGAAACAAGAGGAUAUUUAGCAAAUCCUGAAGAAAUUUCUCGUGAACGUUUGGUUUUAUCUCAGAAAUAUGGUUAUGAAUUACCAAAGAUUGAAGACAGUCCCAAUUAUGAAAUGCUUACGCAGCGUAAAGAUCCUAGACAAUUGUUUUACGGUCUUGAACCUGGUUGGGUUGUGAGUUUGAAAGAUAAAGCGAUUCUUAAACCUAAGGCUGAUUACCUUAAGGAAUUUUAUUCCAGUUGAAGCAUUCUUUUGUAGAACACUAAUGGCUAAAUAAAUAACUUGCAAAAUUGAACAAGCUAAUGCUUAAUAUUGUAGAAUUUGUAGUAAAUUAAUACCAGAUAUUUGAUGUAGAUUAAACGUUUUUUUAUAUAUCUCGAAUAGUAGAUAAUAAAAUAACUAAAUAUAAGCAGUAGGUAAUAAAAUAACCAUAAAUAAAACAUUUCUUUUUAAUUAAAUGGAAAUAUGUAUCAUGUAAAUGUAAAAUAUGUAAAUAUAGACUAAUAAAUUUUAGACUCAUUUUGUGGCUCUCGUGCAUAA